GUCCUUCUUGCCCGUGCGGGCGGCGGCGGCGGCUCCUCGGUUCAUGUUUUUAUCCCGUUUUUUGGUAAAGAUGGCAGCCAACAAUGCAGUGCUGAGCAGACUGGAGCAGAAGGGUGCUGAGGCCGAUCAAGUUAUUGAGUACCUCAAGCAGCAACUUGCCCUGCUCAAGGAAAAAGCCAUCUUGCAAGCAUCUCUCCGAGAAGAGAAGAAGCUCCGUGUAGAAAAUGCUAAACUGAAGAAAGAAAUUGAAGGGUUGAAACAGGAGUUGAUUGAGGCUGAAAUUCGAAAUGGAGUAAAGCAGGUUGCGGUUCCUACUGGUGCAACCCUUUCUACAGCUUCGUUUUCAGAGAAUGUUCCACAACCUGCAGCAGUUACAGCAUCUUCUGGUUCCAAAGAUCAAAUUAAAGGUGAAGAUGAAGAAAAGAAAAAGAAAGAAAAAGUAGAGAAAAAAGGUGAAAAGAAGGAGAAGAAACAGCAGCCAGCUGCUGGAAGUGGCGAUGCGAAACCUGUAGAUGUUUCUCGUCUGGAUCUUCGUGUUGGCUGCAUUAUUAGUGCUGAAAAGCAUCCAGAUGCAGACACUCUGUAUGUUGAACAAGUGGAUGUUGGUGAAGCAAGCCCAAGGACUGUUGUCAGCGGUUUAGUGAAACAUGUUCCUCUGGAUAAGAUGCAGAAUCGGAUGAUAGUGCUACUCUGUAACUUGAAGCCUGCAAAGAUGAGAGGAGUAGUAUCUCAAGCAAUGGUGAUGUGUGCCAGCUCCCCAGAAAAAGUGGAAAUUCUGGCUCCUCCACCUGGAGUGGUACCUGGGGACAGAAUCACUUUUGAAGGUUUUCCUGGAGAUCCUGACAAGGAACUUAAUCCAAAGAAGAAGAUUUGGGAGCAAAUCCAACCUGAUCUUCAUACCGAUGACCAGUGUGUUGCUACAUACAAAGGAGUUCCAUUUGAAGUGAAAGGGAAAGGAGUGUGCAGGGCAGAGACCAUGGCAAACAGCGGAAUCAAAUAAAUAAAUAAAUAAAUAAAUGGUUAUUAGAAACUUGUACAGAUGUUGAAAUGGAAAGUGAUGCAAGCAGAAUAAAAAACAUUAAAU